ACAAAACAAUAAGACGGACCUAAACAACUCUUAGAGGUUUCGAUCUAAUUGGACCGCUUUAGAGGAACCGAAAUAUAAAAAAAAUAAAGGCAUGACUACUUAAUAUUUCUCCCUCCUCUUCUGCUGAAGCCGCUUUCUUUCACUCUAUCUGAGACACAGACAGUGACUGAGAAUUAAAACCCCUGAAAAAGAUUAAUUUCCCCAGCAAAUGAAACCCCCCAAUAUCUUUCAAUUAUAGAAAUACAUCUCAAAAAAUCCUUUAAAAUUAGAAUUAUCUAUUUCCUUUUAUUUUCAUAAAAUCAGAUAAUUUGUCCACUUCAUCUUGUCUCUUUCUCUCCCCUACUUAAAUUCCUAAAAACCAGAAAUUAAUUCAUACCCCCAUAAUUCUUCUUCAUUAUUUCAUGUCAUUUUCUUUUCUCCUUUCAAAGAACCAUUUUAAAGCAAGGCAUUUAAUCUCUUUGGGAAUAAUUGUUGGGUAGUUGUACCCUCUAUUAUUACUAUAAUCAUAUUUUCUUUUUUUAUUUACUCCGUAUUUUUCUAUCUAUAUAUCUUCUCAAACAAAAUUCCUUCAUUUUCUCGUGUUCAAACCCCCUUUUUUUUAAGGGAAAAUAAAAUAUAAAACUCGUGAGAUUUGUUGCCUGUUUGUGUAACUGGAUUUCUGAAUUUCUGGGUACUUUUUAUUUUUUAAGGAUUUCUGGAACAAACUUUGUUUUAUUUAUUUAAGGAACCCAACAUUUUAAAAAAAGAAAACAGAGAGUUUAUAGGAGUGAUUAAGUGAGUGAAAAUGGCAGAGGUGGUGAAGCAAGUAGAAGCAGCAGCAAUGGUAAAUCAGACAGAUGAUGUUAUUGAUGGAGGUGGUGUUGAGGAGAGAGAAAAUGUAGGAGGUGAAAUUGAUGAAGAAAAUCAAAAAUUCAGUUUCAAGAAUUUUUUGUGGCAUGGUGGUUCUGUUUAUGAUGCUUGGUUUAGUUGUGCUUCCAAUCAGGUGGCUCAAGUGCUGUUGACAUUACCAUAUUCAUUCUCACAAAUGGGAAUGUUAUCAGGGUUGCUACUCCAAGUGUUUUAUGGUUUGCUAGGAAGUUGGACGGCUUAUCUUAUCAGUGUGCUCUAUGUUGAGUACCGUAGUAGAAGAGAGAAAGAAGGUGCCAGCUUCAAGAACCAUGUCAUUCAGUGGUUUGAGGUCUUAGAUGGCUUGCUAGGGCCAUUUUGGAAGGGACUUGGAUUGGGUUUCAAUUGCACAUUCUUACUCUUUGGAUCUGUGAUUCAGCUGAUAGCUUGUGCAAGUAACAUAUACUACAUAAAUGAUCAUUUGGACAAAAGGACAUGGACAUACAUAUUUGGGGCAUGUUGUGCCACAACCGUGUUUAUACCUUCCUUUCACAAUUAUAGAAUUUGGUCAUUUAUUGGCCUUGGAAUGACCACUUAUACUGCUUGGUAUUUGACCAUUGCUGCCCUCGUUCAUGGCCAGGUCCCAGGUGUGAUCCACUCUGGUCCAAAAAAGUUGAUGCUCUAUUUCACAGGAGCAACUAAUAUCCUCUACACUUUUGGUGGACAUGCUGUAACUGUGGAAAUCAUGCAUGCUAUGUGGAAGCCACAGAAGUUCAAGUACAUUUAUCUACUUGCAACUCUAUAUGUUUUCACCCUUACACUACCUUCUGCUGCUGCUGUCUACUGGGCCUUUGGUGAUGAACUCCUCAACCAUGCCAAUGCUUUCUCCCUCCUUCCUCGUAAUGGCUUCCGUGAUGCUGCUGUCAUCCUUAUGCUCAUUCACCAGUUUAUAACAUUUGGAUUUGCAUGCACACCUCUGUACUUUGUGUGGGAAAAAGUGGUGGGGGUGCAUGAUACCAAGAGCCUAUGUUUAAGGGCAGUGGCUAGAUUACCAGUGGUGAUACCAAUAUGGUUCUUAGCAAUUAUCUUUCCUUUCUUUGGGCCCAUCAACUCUACUGUGGGGGCCUUCUUAGUCAGCUUCACUGUUUAUAUCAUACCAACUUUGGCCCACAUGCUCACCUACAGAUCGGCCCAGGCCCGUAAGAAUGCUGCUGAGAAGCUUCCUUUCUUCUUUCCAAGCUGGACAGUAAUCUAUGUGUUCAACGCAUUCAUAGUUAUGUGGGUAUUAGUUGUGGGUUUCGGGUUUGGAGGGUGGGCAAGCAUGGUGAACUUCAUCAGACAAGUUAAUACUUUCGGUCUUUUUGCUAAAUGCUACCAGUGUAAGCCACCCCCAGCAGCACCAGUACACUGAGGCGUUGCUCUAUAGAAUGCUGGUUUGAUACUUUGAUUGAUCAAAGAACAAAUAUAUGAAGUGUAAUCAGUAUUAAUUUUGUUUUGUGGGUGAAUACUAGUAGUAGUGUGUUUUGGCGAAGCCUAGCUGUAGCUCUGUUUAAUUAUCAGCUGGAAUUGUAAUUUUUCCAAAAUGAUGUUUGCCAAAAAAAUCCUUAAGUUCCUAGGUACAUAUAUGAUUUAAUGUUGGGUCAUUUUGGAUGUUGGUAAUUCCAUGGCUAGAUUGGUCCUCUCAUGUGUAACAUUUGGCUCUAUAGGAAAAAUUUCUUUUCAUUGUUAA